GGUUCUUGGGGGAAGGCAAUAUGAUGUCCUUCGUCUCUUUGCUCCUGAUGGGCAUUCUGUUCCCGGCCCUCCAGGCCAAGCAGUUUACGAAAUGUGAGCUGUCCCAGGUGCUGAAAGACAUGGAUGGCUAUGGAGGCGUCUCUUUACCUGAAUGGAUCUGUAAUGUAUUCCAUAUCAGUGGUUACGACACGGAAACUGUAGUCAAAAACAAUGGCAGAACAGAAUAUGGACUCUUUCAGAUCAAUAAUAAGCUUUGGUGCAGGGACAACCAGAUACCUCAUUCAAGGAACAUCUGUGGCAUCUCCUGUGAUAAGUUCUUGGAUGAUGACCUUACUGAUGACAUGAUGUGUGCCAAGAAGAUCCUGGAUAGUGAAGGAAUUGACUACUGGUUGCCCCAUAAACCACUCUGCUCUGAGAAGCUGGAACAGUGGCUCUGUGAGAGGUGGUGA